AUGACACUACUUGACAAAGUUGAUGAUGCUGCUCAAUUUGCUGAAGGAAAGUCUGUUGUAGAACAGUGUUUAAUUACAAACUGGAAAAAGUGGUUCACAUUCCUAGAUUUCAACCGCGAUGGCACCAUCACAAAUACAGACAUGGAAGAUUCAAGAAUCAGGUUUUUCAAGCUUCGCCUUCCUGAUGCUGAUUUGGAGAAAAAAAUAGAACAAUGGUGGAUAAAGAAUAUUUUCAGAGGAAGUACUGAUGCAAUCUCCGAGCAGAAAUUUCUCGAUGGCCUCAGAAAAAAAUAUAUGAAAGACAAGGCAAAAUUCAAUGACAAAAUGCAGCAAUGGUUAGACGAGAUGUUUCUUUUAUUUGACAAUGACAGAGAUAUGUCAAUCUCUGAAGAAGAGUAUUUUACUGCUUACAAAGGAUAUGGACUCGAGAAUGUGAUGCAAAACAAAAAGCAUUCAGUGAUUAUAAACCGACAAAUGGACUUGAACCUUUAA